AUGUCCUCAAAAAUUACUCAGGUCUUUCGUAGGACCGUAUUCCCAACUCACUUCGUUGCUCAUCGAGUUCAAUACCUUCAGUCGCAAAAACCUUAUUUGCCACUUUCAAGAACUUUAAAGUCUUUGAAGGAUUUAAACCAGGAAAAUAAGGAUUUAAGCCAGGAAAAUGAACUUUCGAGAAACCAACUAGAAGCAUCACGAAAAUACCGGUAUUACGACUUGAUAUAUGAAGGUCAUAAAUAUCGGUCUAAAGAUAUCACAGAACAUAAAAUCUGCCAUAAAAGAAGAUGGACGGCUAAUAGUAUCAUUGAAAAUUCCAUCCGUAAUUAUGUAUAUUUUGUUGAUCUAGAGGAAACGAAUGCUCCACUUCUUGAUAUGAUUCUGAGAGGAGAAUUUGUGGCUUUAUAUGGCGCAAGGGCCUCUGGAAAAUCUACACGAGUGUUUCAAGUUAUGGAAAAGUUGAAAAGCCAAGGCAUUGUUUGCAUUUAUGUAUCUUUUGAAGGUGUAAACAUGGAAACCACAGAUAUAUUCUGGUCGGCAUUAGGCGCUGAACUACAUAUUAACACUCCACAACACUUUAAAUUAAAUGAUAUCAAAUCAGCUUAUGAUUUCAAGCUAAAAUUGCAGAAAGAGAAAUGGAAUGAUAAACAUGUUGUUCUCUUCAUUGACGAGUUCGAUGCAUUGCUUGAAGCACCUGAUGAUAUUAAAUCAUCAUUCUUUGAAACAAUUCGUACCAUAAAAAAUGCAAGAGAUUACUAUGCUCUCUUGUCUUCGGUAGCCAUCGGCCCCUUUAGUAUUUUACAUCUGAGUUCAGACAGAAUAACUACGUCUCCGUUCAACGGUAGGGAUCCAUUUAGAAAUCCAAAUUUCACGCUGGAACAAGUGCAGACCGUAUAUAAGAAGUUUGAGGAUGAUUAUAAAUUGACCAUUGAUCCGGAGAUCAUUGAGGAUAUAUACAAUCGGACAAAUGGGUAUGUGAAACUGAUUGGAGAGUUACAAGAAGAAGCCAGGCCAGCUAUAGAACUUCUUCGAUCUGUUUUCCUAGGAUCUUUCGAUUUUGUGCCAACCUAUAACCCUAAAGAAAAAAGACUGGUAGAGUUUCUGACAGCUGAGGGAGUGUUAAUGAGGGAUGAAAUGAAAAAGGAUAAUUUUAGAAUGUCAUCUAUUUUUGUAGAUGAGCUUAUCCGGCGACAAGUUAUUCCUGAAUUAUAUAAGUCAGCCCCAACAUGUGCAGUUCCCAAAAAAUUUGAUGGCAGCCUGGAUAUUAUCAGCAUUUUGAAGAUGGCCGUCCAGCACUUUGAUAAAGAAAUCAUUCAUAGAGCAUUUGAUCGGUCAUUUAAAACUGCACACGUGUAUGUGAAAGGUCAAAAGAGUAUCCUUGUACCCCGAGAAAGCGUGUAUGACACAGAGCUGAACAGGAUCCUGGUUAAUUGGAUAAUCAGUCAAGCUGGCUCCGAGGUCACUGUGCAUAUGGUAGAACAUCAUGCUGAAAAAAAAGACAAACAUACAUAUAGUGAUAUAGUAAUUAAAACUCCAAAACAAACAAUUGUUCUUGAGAUAUUAGCCACUGCAACAGAAAAAGAACUCGAUGAACACGUUGUAAAAGUGCUUGAUUAUGCGGAAAAACUUUCUGCAAAUGAGAUAUGUAUAGUACAUUUCACGUGUGAGGAUUAUACAACUCCCUAUUGGCCAUCCGAUAGAAGGUUUGAGAAGAUUAAUGUUGUGCACUUCUUUCAUGACCAGAUGCUUAAAAAUAUACAAAUGAGCGUCCGCCGAUUUGCAUCCACCCCUGGUACUUUCGAUUAUAUAGAUGACGUUAUACCACUACAAUAA